AUGGGUCGGGACGCCCUGGGAGCCUGCGGUUUCCCCCCUUCUGGAGAAGUGUUUGUGUCAAUCGAGAGUGAGAGGGACAACUGCGGGCGGACGCAGCCAGCGGGAGGAGUCGGGGGGAGGGGGAGUAGCUUGAAGAGCUUUUUAAAAAACGUCCUGGUGCAGCGGCUACAGUUCUGUGCGGCUGGAACAGCUCGGCACGGGCCGCCGCUCUCGCCUUCCGGGCCGCAGUUCGUUGCAGGCUGUCCCCGGACAAGCGUCCCUCUGUCCCUGGUCUCCUGGCCCAGUCCGCCGUCCCGGCGCGUCUCUCCCCAGUUCCGGUGGCUCGGUCACUGCUCCUGGCUGUUGGCUGGGCUCUGGAAGCCCCCUCGCCUUAAUGCAGCGCCCGCCGACGUCACGGCGGCCUGCGACCAAUCAGCGGCUCGCGGUCCCUCUGUAAACCAUUCUGCAUCCCCCGGCUGGGGAGAGUGCCGGGAGACCGCGUUUAGAGGAUCAGUGGCGGCGGCAACCGCGGCCCGGCGCGGUGCGGGCGGCGGGCAGCGAGGUGCCCGGGUCCCCUGCUGCUCCGGAGCCAGCCCACAGCGUCAGGCUCUGGAGACUUCAGCGCGUGAAGAUGAUACAGUACUCUUUGGUGCUGGCACUGAAGCAGCUCUCAGUCUGGGGCACGGCUUUGAAGGAAGGUUGCUAAGCCUGCUAAGUCCUAAUGCACACCAACAUCUUCUCCCUAUUCAUCCGGAAACCUGGCCUCACUUCUCCAGGAGCCUUCCCAGGCCCUCGCCCUGUCCUCACUUUACUCCAGAAGGAGUUACCUUCACUUUUGCACCAUGAGUGUGUCUCCACUGUUGAAUUUACACUCUGGCAACUUAUUGGCACUGUGUCUGUCUGCACGACUGCACUGUGAACUAUUCCUCUCUUCCUGGCGACCUGGAGCUGCUCA